CCGUCUUUCAGAUUUGCGUAAAACUCGUUCGUUAACGCGUCUGCGAAAUGCUUGCGUACUCCCUUUUUUCCACUAGGCUUGCUAGCUACAGCUACAAAAUACGACUCGGUUCGUGCAUUCGGAAGGACUACGUGCUUAUUACUAGAAAUACCUAAAUAUUUACGCGUAAAGCGUGUUAUUGACGUGCAAAAAUGUAUUUUCUGUAUUAAUGCGUAUUUGGCGAAAUGAAUACGUGAGACGCGUGAUGUGUUCUGUGCUCGCUCGGUCGCUCGCUUCUCUCUGUUGCUCUCAAGAUUAGACAGGAAAACAACAAAGAAGCAGGAAGCAUAUGGAGACACCGGCGAGGCGCUGUGAGAUCACACUGCAAUUAGUUGUAACAGUUAAUUUAAAGUAAAAGGAGCCUGAAAAUAUGGAUCUGUCUUUUCCUUUUGGAUCUGUCUGCCUGUGCUGUCUUUUUAAAGGGCACGCGUCACAAGAGCAUCACUAUUGAGGCUUCAUGUUGUGUUUAUAUCUAAUGAUUUAUUAUGAAGACAAAAAGUUCAAGCCAUCUUUCUGAUAGAUGUUAUCUAGAAGCCCUGUUUAAUUGUGAAUGAAAACCACUGAGACCUUACACAGAGGAGAAUGUCUGGGUUUCUGCCAUACCACUACAGGGGACCAGAUGGCAGUUUGACACGGUUUAAGAAAAGAAAGUCACGGUUCACGUAUCAGGAGGUUGAGCUGCUUCUCAAUGAGGUACAGAGAAAACGGCACAUUCUCGUUGGGCGGUUCAACAGGGGCAUUUCGAAGGAACUCAAACACCAUACUUGGGCUGCUCUGACGGACCGUAUCAAUGAGGUCAGCGAGUGUCACAGAGAGGUCAUCGAAGUCAUCAAAAAAUGGGCCGACCUCAAAUGCGAUACCAAGCGGAGAGUGGCAGCCAUGAAGGCGGCGGGAGCCACGGCUGCCUAUAUUGCGCAAGAGCUUUCACCUGUGGAAGCCAUGGUGCAUCAGAUCCUUCAGAUGUCCAGCAAAAACAUGACGGCUUUGGCAAGUGAUGACCAAAUGGAUGAUGACAAUGAGGAUAGUCUAGGUGCUUCUGAGAUACCACAUAGCUCUUCGGGAUUUGCAAAUGGCAUGCCUCAUUCAUUUGGCCUAGCAAUGCCACCUCCUAUCCACACUAGGAUCCCAGGGAAAAGAGAUGUUGCGCCACCUACAGAUAUGAUGUAUAGCUAUGAUUCAGCAGUGCCGCUUACGGACUUCGAGACGGACACAUUAGAAAAGGAAGACACUAUCAUGCCAUUUAUUGAACCAGGAUGCCAAAAAGAUCAGAAUACUAUAAAUCCUCUUGGAUUCCUCAGCCAUCCCAGUGGUGAGAAAAGCAAUAUGCCAGAAGAACCAAAUCACAGCACAUUCAAUGGUCGUCCAGCAAUCGGCAUUGCAACCCUGACUCCGCCCUCUGGAGCAUCCUCAUCACAUUCAGUUCCAGCUCCGCCUCCUCCCCGGCCAUCUCCUACGGAUCAGCCCAGCCUACGGGAGCAUUUAGCCCAAAGUGCCUCACGCAGCCUGCAGGAGCAGCAGGCCACUACACAGCUGAUAGGGUCGCUUUCUCGCUCCCUUGAGUCCCUUGCAGAAUCAAUGCAACGUCUGGUUCAGACCCAGAAGCAGUUUUCACGCGACAGCUUACAGCUGCAGCGUAACACUCUGCAUGUCCUGCGUGACUUCUCUUCCAGCGCCCUGACUCUCCUUCAAGACAAGACCAAUGGCCAUCCAUAAUCCAUGAACUACCGAUAAGUUUUCUGGCCUCAACAUUUAGAACUACUACUGGUCACAGAAAGUUAUAUAAGAAAAUAUUGUGAGAUUAUAAUCUAGAGUUUAUGGCAGUCGUACUUUGAAUCUUUAUGAAAGUCAGGACAGGACUGCGAAAAUUUGUAUCUAUUUAUAUGAAAACAAAAUAAAAUCCAUUAGAAGUGAAAUGCAUUAGGAGUUGGAAUAAUAUUGACACCUGUAGGUUAUUUACUCCCAUAGAUAUGUACACUAGAUGUCGCCUUUGCCAAAGCAGUUCAUUGGACCAAAUGCGUCAAAUAGAGCGGCCAUCUUGAAACAGGGGAACCCCUCAUCAGCGUCAUUGUAGGCAAUGGUGUAACAGAAAUAAAAUCACCAUAAAUCGUCAUGAAUGCGAUUUUCUAGUUUUUCUUUUGGUUUGGUCAGACAUGUAUUUAGCAUUGAGUCCAGAAAAAAUUAAAGUUUUGAAAUUACGAAAACCUACUUUUUCUAACUAUAAUGCAAAGUGCUAGUAGGGCUAACAUCCAUACACAGCACAAAAGUCUGGCAUUGUCCAUGAAUUCGGAGUACAGGCGGAGAAAGCACCUUUACCAAGCUACUUCCUAUGACAAGACCCCUGUUCCAAGAUGGCUGCGUUUUUGACGCAUGCUUAGAACCCAUCUAGUGUAUAUAUCUAUGAUUUACUCCUAGGUAUUUUCUGAAUAUUUUUAGUUGACGCCUAGACCACAUAAGCUGGGGUUUCCAUCGAAACGUGAAGCGAAUCUUUUGUGAAUUGGGUGCGUUUCCAUCAAGUUGUUCGAACGAAAAACGGUCGGUAUCGGUAACCUAGUAACCAACUGUAAACAAAACAAGGCACGCUUAGAAAAUGGAGACAGGACUGCAUUUAGUUACGAUUUAGUAAGUUAUAAAUUUACUAGUAAAGCUUAUAAUUGCCAAACUGAAUGCUGUGCACAGAAAAAGAAAUCAAAAAUCUUUGAUGCAGGCACUUGCAGUUUUCCCAUAUAUGGGAAAGACAACGUCACGUGGGUUUAAUGUUUGCCACGUCAGAAUUUAUUCGGCAAAUGCGUUUCCAUCUCCCAUUAUUCGCAUUUACUCUUCUUUUACUUUUUUGCACAAGUCAGAAACCACCAGCGCAAAAACUUUUUUGCAAAUUAAAGGAUUUCUAUUUCGAAAUUUGGCGUUUCCAUCACUUGUUUCUUAUGCGAUACUUCAAAAUGCGCAAAAAUCAGGGUGAUGGAAAGCCAGCUAUAGACUUUUGUGGACCAAUCAUGUGCUAUUACAUAGUUAUUUAAAAAUUGACGGAUAACUAUUUGUGGUGCUGUUUAUGAUAUUGCAAUUGUUUUAUUUUGUUCUCCAUGUUUUAUUUUAAUUUCUGCCUAAAUAAUUAUUUAACAGACCUGCUGUAAAAGUUUCUAUAACUUGAAUUUUCAGUGAUUCAUUGUAGUGCUGUACUUUGCCUCCUACGAGUUUAAACGGUUUUUAAUCCUAAAAUUGAAUGAAGGUGAAUUACCCUAAAACCCACAAAUCUGUUUUAGUCUCCAGAAAAGUAAGUCGGCACACUGUUAAAAAAUGUCUCCUAGAUCAAAAUCCUGUGUGAAAGAUGAUUAUUAAUAAACAUGAUUAAAAAUAUCGCUUGAAGUUUUUACUUGAAUGAUUCCUAGAGUAAGUUAAAUAUACAACACUAAAGAUUGAUGAAGAAAAAGUUGUCACUGUAACAAAAGUGUUUUACUGUUUUUGUCAAUGGCUUUAACUAAUGGGCUUGUGUGACUAAUGUUUCUUUACAUUUUACGCUAUGCAUACCUGAAGCUUUCGCAAAUAAAUACGAAACCUAUCCAGAAACUUACCUCGUGUGUACAAUUGCCUGCCUGCAGAAUUUCUAUUAAACAUUUAUCAGUCUUGCUGCAUUUGUAUUUAAUUAAAUAAUGUUUUUCAAGAAAA